AUGAAAACCACCCUUAUCUUGUGGCUUUACUUGCUACUACCCUUAUCCCUAUUAAACUUCACUUUCACCAUUAACAUUGUUACUUCCCAAUGUCUUGGCCAUCAACAAUCUUUGCUACUCCAUUUGAAGAACGGCCUCAUAUUUAACCCAGCUAACUCCAAGAAACUAAUUCAUUGGAACCACACUGAUGAUUGUUGCCAAUGGAAAGGUGUAGCUUGCAGCACCAAGGGAAAUGUUAUUGCUCUUGACAUAAGCCAUGAAUUCAUCACCGGAGGAAACUUAACUAGUCUCUUCAAACUGCAAUAUUUGCAAAAUUUGAAUUUGGCUUAUAAUGAGUUCCACUUUGGAAUUAAUUCCGAGUUCAAAAACCUGAAGAAUCUCAGGUAUUUGAAUUUGUCAAAUGCUGGCUUCAUGGGACAAAUUCCAACUAAAAUAUCUCACUUGUCCAAGUUGGAAACUCUAGAUUUGUCUACCACAUUCACCUCAUCAUCACAACAUGGUCUAAAACUUGAGAAGCCAAACAUUGUAGAGUUUGUGCAAAACUUUACAAGAAUGAAAGAACUGUAUCUAGAUGGUGUUGCAAUUUCAGCCAAAGGAGAGGAGUGGUGCCAUGCUGUGUCUUCCCUACAAAGUUUACAAGUUUUGAGUAUGUCCUCUUCCAAUCUCUCUGGCCCUCUUGAUCCUUCAUUAACAAAGCUUCAAUCUCUCUCAGUACUUCAACUAGACCAUAACAAUUUGUCAAGCCCAGUUCCUGAUUACUUUGGGAAUUUGUCUGGCUUAAACACAUUGCAGCUCAGAAGUUGCGGAUUGAGUGGAAUUUUUCCAAAAAAUAUCUUGCGACUACCGUCACUUCAAGUUCUUGAUGUGUCUGAUAAUCAAGGUCUUCAUGGUUCCUUACCGAACUUCCCAAAUCAAGCAUCUCUCAGUCACUUGAAUCUUAGCCACACAAAUUUCUCAGGUCCUAUACCAGAUACUAUUGGUAAUUUGAAACAUUUUUCUACAAUAGAUUUGUCCAAUUGCCAAUUCAAUGGGACACUUCCCAAUUCAAUCUCAAAUCUUGCCCAACUUGUUUAUCUUGAUUUGUCAUUCAAUAAUCUUACUGGUCCACUUCCAUCUUUCAAUAGAUCAAAGGCCUUGAAAACUUUGUAUCUUAAUCAUAAUUAUCUGAAUGGUACACUUCCAUCCACCCAUUUUGAAGGCCUUAUAAAUCUUGUGAGCAUUGAUUUAGGGGAUAACUCUCUAGAUGGAAGAGUCCCUUCGUCUUUGUUUAACCUUCCAUCUCUACAACUACUCUCUCUUUCUAACAAUAGAUUUGAUGGCCAACUUGAUGAAUUCCCAAAUAGCUCCUUCUCAUUAAUAGGGAUGCUUGAUUUAAGUGGAAACUCUUUGCAAGGGCAUAUUCCUAUGUCUAUCUUUCAACUGAAAAGGCUCAAUUUACUUCAACUUUCCACAAACAAGUUCAAUGGCACCAUAAAAUUGAGUAUGAUUCGUCAAAGGCUACAAAAUUUGGCAACACUUGAUCUCUCACACAACAACUUGUCAGUUGUGGAUGACAAUGACAUUCCAUUUCCCAAGUUGAAUAAUUUCUGGUUGGCUUCAUGCAAGUUGGGUACAUUUCCUUCAUUUUUGAGAAAUCAAAGUACUUUGCUUUAUUUAGACUUAUCCAGCAACCAAAUUGAAGGAACCAUACCCAACUGGAUUUGGAGAUUUGAGUUUUUGGCCGCCUUGAAUCUUUCUCAGAAUUCUCUAACGGAUAUGGAAGGGCCUUUCCAAAAUCUGAGUUCAGCCAUGUUCCUGCUAGAUCUUCAUGACAAUCAAUUGCAAGGGCCAGCACACAUUUUCACCAAGAACAUGGUUUACUUGGACUACUCCAAUAAUAGAUUCAGUUCUAUACCAGCAAAAAUUGGUAGCUCUAUUCCUUUCUCCAUUUAUAUAUUUUUAUCAGGCAACAAUUUUCAUGAAAAAAUCGAUGAAUCCAUUUGCAAUAUUUCAACUCUUAGAGUGCUUGAUCUUUCACAUAAUGGCUUCAUUGGCAACAUUCCUGAAUGCUUGACAACAAGGAAGAGUAGCUCCCUGAAACUUCUAAGUCUUGCUGGAAACAAACUCAGUGGCCAAAUUUCAGAUACAUUCUCAACUUCUUGUGAUCUAAGGCUUCUUGAUCUCAAUGGAAAUCUUUUAGAGGGAAAAUCUUUGGAAUCUUUGGCUAAUUGCCAAAACCUCCAAGUCUUAAAUGUUGGAAACAAUCAAUUGAUUGAUGAGUUCCCAUGCUUCUUGUCUACACUGACUACACUGAGAGUCAUGGUCUUGAGGUCAAACAAAUUUUAUGGACAUAUUGGAUGCUCCAAUGUGAUUGGCAACUGGGAAAAGCUUCAAAUUGUUGAUGUAGCUGCCAACAAAUUCACCGAUGAUGACAUGUCAAGGUUUGACCAUUUAUCUUUUGAUAUUUAUGAUAACAAUACAAGUUCUGUGACUCUUGAGACUAUAACUACAAUUUACUCAAAGAAGAGUAAACUGAAGUUAGCCAAAGUUGUUUCUAUUGAGCCACUUUAUGUGGUGGAUCACUUGCUCUCUCAUGUCUAUGGAGAGGUUUCAAGUCUUCGUAGGUAUGCGGAUUCAGUUACCAUUGUAAUCAAAGGUCAACAAAUGAAGUUGGAAAAGAUUCUCAUUGCAUUCACUUCAUUGGAUUUCUCAUCCAACCAAUUUGAAGGGCCAAUACCAGAAGAGAUCAUGAGUUUCAAAGCAUUGCAUGCUCUUAACUUGUCACACAAUGCAUUCUCAGGCCAUAUUCCUUCAACUUUGGGAAACUUGAGAAAUCUUGAGUCCUUAGACUUGUCAAUGAAUUCUCUGAGAGGAGAGAUUCCAACUGAGCUUGCAAGUUUAUCUUUUCUUGCCAUCAUGAAUCUCUCCUAUAAUCAUCUUGUGGGGGGAAUUCCAACAGGCACUCAAAUUCAAUCGUUUGGAGCAAAUUCAUUUGUGGGAAAUGAAGCGUUAUGUGGACCUCCAUUGACACAAGGUUGUGGUGGAGAAGAGCAAGGGUUGUUACCAACAUCAUCUAAAACUACUAACUCUCAUAGUAGUAGUUCAGUUAAUUGGAGUUUGUUAAGUGUAGAGUUGGGAUUCACUUUUGGAUUUGGAAUAUUCAUGAUGCCACUGAUUUUGUGGAAGAAAUGGAGGUUGUGGUACUCCAAGAAAGUAGACGAAGCUCUAUACAAGAUUGUGCCUCAACUUGAUUUUGUAUAUGAACGUCGUGAUAAAGAUAAAUCAAGAUUUGGACAUUUAUCUUUUAAUUUUUAUGAUAUCAACAUCAAUUAUUCAGUGAAUCUUGAUGCUAUAACUACAAUUUUCUCUAAGAGCAGCAAAAUGAAGUUAGCCAAACUUGUUACAGUUGAGCCACUUUAUGUGGUGGAUCACUUGCUCUCUCAUGUCUAUGGAGAGGUUUCAAGUCUUCGUAGGUAUGCGGAUUCAGUUACCAUUGUAAUCAAAGGUCAACAAAUGAAGUUGGAAAAGAUUCUCAUUGCAUUCACUUCAUUGGAUUUCUCAUCCAACCAAUUUGAAGGGCCAAUACCAGAAGAGAUCAUGAGUUUCAAAGCACUGCAUGCUCUUAACUUGUCUCACAAUGCAUUCUCAGGCCAUAUUCCUUCAACUUUGGGAAACUUGAGAAAUCUUGAAUCCUUAGACUUGUCAAUGAAUUCUCUGAGGGGAGAGAUUCCAACUGAGCUUGCAAGCUUAUCUUUUCUUGCCAUCAUGAAUCUCUCCUAUAAUCAUCUUGUGGGGGGAAUUCCAACAGGCACUCAAAUUCAAUCGUUUGGAGCAAAUUCAUUUGUGGGAAAUGAAGCGUUAUGUGGACCUCCAUUGACACAAGGUUGUGGUGGAGAAGAGCAAGGGUUGUUACCAACAUCAUCUAAAACUACUAACUCUCAUAGUAGUAGUUCAGUUAAUUGGAGUUUGUUAAGUGUAGAGUUGGGAUUCACUUUUGGAUUUGGAAUCUUCAUGAUGCCACUGAUUUUGUGGAAGAAAUGGAGGUUGUGGUACUCCAAGAAAGUAGAUGAAGCUCUAUACAAGAUUGUGCCUCAACUUGAUUUUGUAUAUGAACGUCGUGGUGGGAAGAGAUAUAGAUCUUUAAGGUGGAAGCCUUAUUGAUUGUUGUUUCACUUUAAUUUGUAUGAUGUAUGUAUGUUGUUGUUUUCUUUUCUUUUCUUUUCUUUUUUUUCUUAUCUCCCUUUAAUUUGUGUGUGAUCAGUAUAAAAAUAAGAACUGUGUUAGUUAGGUUGAAGCUAGCCGUUGGUAGGCCGUAUGAGUUAUGACCAUAAUAGUUUUAUUUGAAGCUUUUCUUUUAGAGUUAGCCUUAGAAGUGAAGAGAGAUUGAUUACACGAAUGUUUAAUUUGCGUGUGUUAUAUUA